AUGGCGUCGGCGACGCCGUCGUUCCCCGGGAUGGUGCGAUGGUGGGAGGAGUGGCAGCUCCGCGUGCUGGCGCUUAGCAGCCUCUUCCUCCAGCUGUUCCUCUUCGUCUCGGCCACCUUCCGCAAGUACCGCAUCCCGCCGCUCCUCAGGUCGUGCGUCUGGUUGGCCUACCUCGGCGGCGACGCGCUGGCGAUCUACGCCCUCGCCACCGUAUUCAACCGCCACAGGCAGCAUGCGCAGGCGACGAUCGGCGGCGGCUCGGAGGGCCACUACUGGGGGCGGGCGGGAUCUUCUUCUUCCGCCAGUUCCAUGCUGGAGGUGAUGUGGGUGCCCGUCUUCCUCGUCCACCUCGGAGGCCAGGACAGCAUAACCGCGUACAACAUCGAGGACAACGAGCUGUGGGCGCGGCACGCGGUGGCCAUGUCGUCCCAGGCCGCGGUGGCCGUCUACGUGUUCUGGAGGUCGUGGUCCGUCGCCGGCGGCCAGGUGCCGGAGCGCUCCCCAGCGCUGUCACUGUUCGCCGCCGGGUUCCUCAAGCUAGGCGAACGGCUGUGGGCUCUCCGACGAGCCAGUAUUACCAGGCUAGCGGCCGUGAGGUCCUCCGCCGCCUGCCGGAGCAAUGAUCCGUUGGAGAGCUAUGCCUAUGUGCAGCAGGCACGCGACUACGUACAGAAGGUGAGGCAGGCAACUCCCAGCCACGACCGCCGCUCUGUCGUGGUGAUCCAUCCUCUGGUCGAGAGGGAGCUUCAAGACGAUCUCAUGGAGCUGUUCAUCGACUUCCCUGCACCCUAUCGUCGCCGGCUCCGCUACCUCAAGUCAUUCAUGGCGCUCGGAGACAACAAAGCCUACGAGGAGCUCUGCAUGCUGCUGGACAUAGCGUUCCAGUUCUUCUACACCAAGAAAGAAGCCGCCUACACCAUCGUCGGCGUCUACCUGCGCACCUUCAGCUUGCUUCUUGGCAUCGCCGCCAUCGCCAGCUUCAACGACAGCAACAAGGAUGGCUUUCACAGCAGCGACGUCGUGGUGUCCUACAUCCUGCUCUGCUCGACGCUCGUGCUGGAGAUCUGUGCCCUGGUUUGGCUAGCCGAUUUGCGAUUCGUUCCAUCGGGGAAGCUCGUGCCGGAGAUGCAACGCACGGUGACGCAGUUCAACCUCAUCGGCUUCGUGGCGUUCGUCGCCGGCAGCCGGUGGCUAACCGCGGCGAGGUGGAUCAUGGGCAUGCUGUUCGGAUGCAAGGACUUCAACUAUGUCGACGCCAGCCAGUACUGCCACCCUCACCAUCGCUGGUCAACCCCGGCCAUCACGAAAUUCAUCCGCGGCCACCUGAGAGACGGUUGGGUGGGUCUAUACAGCUCCGACGACUACCGGAGAUUCAACGACCGGCGAGGUCAGUGGACUCUCCAGCGGGAGUAUCUCCAAGAUAAGCUUGGAUGGAGCGUCACCAAGCUGCCGUUCGACGAGGCCGUCCUCAUCUGGCACAUCGCCACGGACAUCUGCCUCGACCACUACAGGGACCACCCCAUCGACGCCGCCGACGAGCGCGCCUCCGCCGCCGCGAGGGAGAUAUCGGACUACAUGAUGUACCUGCUGCUGUUCCAGGCGGAGAUGCUGAUGCCGGGCACCCAGCGGAGCCUGUUCGCCGCGGCCUGCGGCGAGAUCGAGCGCACACUGGGACAAGAUCGUCGCCGCCUCAGCAAGAGCGAGCUCGUGCGCAGGAUCGCUGCCCCGCCACCGGCGGCGGCGGCUGUAGCACCGGGAGGCCAUCUCGAGGCUGCACGCAGGCUCGCCGGAGAGAUGACGCAGAUGAACGACACGAGAAGGGCGCUGAGCAUCAUCAGCGGGGUGUGGGUGGAGAUGAUAUGCUACUCCGCGAGCAGAUGCAGGGGAUUCCUGCACGCGAAGAGCUUGGGUGCCGGCGGGGAGUUCCUCACCGUCGUCUGGCUCCUCCUGCACAGGAUGGGCAUGGAGGGCUUGGCCGACCAGCUCCAGAGGCCGGAGCUUCCAGAACCGGCCCGUCGCGGCUGUGCUGCUUAUUUGUAAAUAAAAAAUAAUUUACGAAUAAU